AUGACCGACGUGAGAGCUUUGCUAGCUGCAGAGAGACAGUCCCGACGUAUUUCCCACCCUCACUUGACGUAUACGAAGAACGGUGCUUUGCUCUGCAAUGUAUGCAAUCUAAAUGUCAAGUCAGAACAAUUGUGGCCUGGACACCUCAAGUCUUUGAACCACAGAAAGGCAGCACAGAAACAGCCAGAGCAACCAGUAGCACGAACCGCGAAAAGGAAGAUCGAUAGUGUCGAGGACGACGAAGAAGUACCUUGUAAUUAUGAGGUGGAUUCCAGAAAGAGGCCCAAAGCAUCUGCCCAGGAAGUCGUCCCUCAACACGAUGUCCCCAUCACAGAAGAGACUACUGUAGAUGAGGCGACAGUACAGGACGCAGAAGCACCAGAACCCAGACACGUUCCUCCAGUUGAGGACCCAGAACCUCAGCCACCACUAGUACCACCAAUCGACGAGGACGAAUGGGCUGCGUUCGAGAAAGAAGUCGCCCCGUUGACACAACCAAGUUACGCCGCCGGCGCUACAAUCGAGGCAGCUCCCGUCUCUGCCGCGGACCUAGCUGACCGGCAGAAGCAAAAUAGCGUUGAACAAAGGGAAGACGAGGCAGAAGUCGAGAAAGAAGAGGAAAGCAACAGGAUGUUCGAGGAGUUUGAAGUUAUGGAAGAGAUGGAGGACCGUGUGAAUCGACUACGAGCUCGUCGUGAAGCACUACGAAGCAACCACACAACCACCGAACACUCGAUUGCUCCAGAUGAGGAACGGCAUACAAAUCACGACGAGGUUUCAGCGGAGCCCACUCAAGAGGUUGAAGCUGAGUUGUCAGAUGACGAUGAAGAAGACGACUGGUACGGUUGA